AGUGCAACAACGAACGGCCAAGUGAACAGAUAAACGAUUUUCUUAUCGAAAUUUGUACGUUUGGAAUUUUAGUUUAUUCAGAGAGAGAAUUAAGGUCUACGUGACAACUUAUUUUUUCCUGAUCGUCUGUAAUAUUUCGAGUAAAAUUCGAUUUUUUUUUAAAUAAUUAAAAUAUCUGACGUCAUUAGAAGUUAUAAAAUUCGUAUUUAACUCAAGUUUCACAUCUCAUAUGGUAAAUUAGCUUUUGUGUAAAUAAGUGUAACUACUUAAGUAGUCGGAAGUAAAUUUUGUCAUAAUUUCAACAUGGAAGAAGAAACACCCGUGUUAGAGACACCAGCACCCUCAGAGCCUUUUUUCAGCGUUUUAGAUAUCAUUUUAUUAGGGAUUUUAAUUGGAGGAGCAGCAUGGUGGUUACUGAAGAAAAAGAAGAAGGAAGCGCCAGUCUCGGUAAAGUCCUAUUCAAUUCAGCCAACUGCUGUCAACACAAUGACCAUGGCCGAGAAUUCUUUCAUAAAAAAACUCAAAUCAUCUGGAAGAAGCUUGGUUGUGUUUUAUGGAUCACAAACCGGAACUGCUGAAGAAUUUGCUGGACGUUUAGCGAAAGAAGGAAUCAGAUACCGUAUGAAAGGGAUGGUGGCAGAUCCCGAAGAAUGCGAUAUGGAGGAAUUACUUCAAUUAAAAGAUAUUGAAAACUCGUUAGCAGUCUUUUGUCUUGCAACGUAUGGUGAAGGUGAUCCAACGGACAAUGCGAUGGAGUUCUACGAAUGGAUAACAAGUGGAGACGUUGAUCUCACAGGUUUAAAUUAUUCAGUUUUUGGAUUGGGAAACAAGACAUAUGAACAUUAUAACAAGGUCGCAAUUUAUGUUGACAAGCGACUUGAAGAACUUGGAGCGACGAGAGUGUUCGAGAUGGGACUUGGCGAUGAUGACGCAAACAUUGAAGAUGAUUUCAUAACAUGGAAAGACAGAUUUUGGCCAAGUGUUUGCGAUUUCUUUGGCAUUGAAAGUACUGGUGAAGAUAUUCUCAUGCGACAAUAUCGUUUAGUGGAACAACUUGAAGUCGUUCCUGAUAGAGUUUACACGGGUGAAGUUGCACGUCUGCAUUCACUUGAAAAUCAACGACCACCAUUUGAUGCCAAAAAUCCAUUCUUGUCAUCAAUUAAAGUUAAUCGUGAACUUCAUAAGUCUGGUGAUCGUUCGUGUAUGCAUGUUGAGUUUGAGUUGGAAGGAUCGAAACUUCGUUAUGAAGCUGGUGAUCACAUAGCUGUUUAUCCAAUCAACGAUUCAAGUCUUGUAGAUCGUUUAGGUGAACUUUGUAAUGCAAAUCUCGACACGGUCUUCUCUUUGAUCAAUACUGACACGGAUAGCAGCAAGAAACAUCCAUUCCCAUGUCCGACAACUUAUCGCACUGCUUUGACUCAUUAUGUCGAGAUCACCGCUCUUCCUCGUACUCACAUCAUCAAAGAGUUGGCAGAAUAUUGCAGUGAUGAGAAAGACAAAGAAUUGUUGAAACUUAUGUCGUCGACAACUCCCGAGGGAAAAGCAAAAUAUCAAUCAUGGGUUCAAGAGGCAUGUCGAAAUAUUGUUCACAUUCUUGAAGACAUUCCAUCGUGUCGACCUCCAAUCGAUCACAUUUGCGAACUGUUGCCUCGUCUUCAACCUCGUUUCUAUUCAAUAUCAUCGUCAGGAAAACUUCAUCCGACUAACGUUCAUGUAACAGCUGUACUUGUAGAUUAUAAAACACCGACUGGGAGAAACAACAAAGGUGUUUGUACAACAUUCCUGGCGCUUAAAAAACCGAAAGCGGAUGAGCCACUGCCUCGAGCUCCAAUUUUCAUCCGUAAAAGUCAAUUCCGUUUGCCUACAAAACCUGAAACGCCGAUCAUUAUGAUUGGACCGGGAACAGGUUUAGCACCAUUCAGAGGCUUCAUUCAAGAACGUCACUUAACAAAAGAAGAAAAUAAGAAUGUUGGCGAAACAAUUUUGUAUUUCGGGUGCCGAAAACGUGCUGAAGAUUACAUUUAUGAAGAGGAACUUGAAAACUACGCAAGCAAAGGAAGUUUAAAUUUGCGUAUUGCAUUCUCUCGUGACCAGCCUCAAAAAGUAUACGUAACGCAUUUGUUGGAACAAGAUGCUGACUUAAUUUGGAACGUCAUUGGUGAGAAGAAAGGGCAUUUGUAUAUUUGCGGUGAUGCAAAGAGUAUGGCAACAGAUGUGAGAAAUAUUCUGUUGAACAUCAUAAAGACCAAGGGCAAUAUGAACGAUAGUGAAGCUCAACAAUACAUUAAAAAGAUGGAAACGCAGAAAAGAUACUCUGCUGAUGUGUGGAGUUAAACAAGCAUCAAAGCUUGGGUUAUGGUGCUGCUAACAUUCACUUUUUUAAAUAAUUAGAAUAAUACAAAUAUUAAUGUUUUAUGUUUUUUAUGAGAAACCAGAAAAGGAACAAAAAGUGCUUUAGAAAGUACCACGUGGAAUAACGAAUAGAAUUAAGAAAAUCAACAACAAUGUCAGUAAAAUGAAAGAAACAAACAAAAAUUUGCACUUUGGGUAAUCAUACAAGUGGAUAUUAUAUUUUAUAUCAAAUCUAAUUUUGUCGAGUGAUACAUUUUUGUGUCUUUCCAAGGUAGAAUAAAAUUUAAUACAAUUAGACAAUAAACUUGAUUAUAGUUUUUAAUUAUUUGGAAUUAAAUGCCGUGACUACUUAUAUUGAAAUCUUUUCGGAGAUUCGUGAAUUUUAUUUUCAGAAUUAAAUUCGAGAACUUUUAAUUAGAGUGUGACAGGAAGUGCUGCGAUCUUAAUCAAAUUUAGUUAUUCGAGGAUGAAAUUGUUACUGAUAGAUAACUUUUUCACCUUUGUUGCUUGUAAGCAUCGUUUGCAAAAGCCAAUCUACAGGAAAUAAAUUGCAAUGUCAAAUGUCAUUAAGAAAUAAAUUCCAUAAUGCAAUUAUUCAAUCGUUAUUGCAAUAAUCUGAAUGUAUAAUUGAGAAUGCAAAAAAUUGUUUAAGUUUUGUCACUUUAAGUUAAAUUUCAAAUGAAAUUCCAUCCCGAUUGAUUGUUGAAGAGAGAUUUAAUUUAAAAUUAUUAAAAUAAAAGAAUAUUGAAAGGAGUUACAAGAUUCAAUGAAGUUAUUAAAAUAGCUGCAAAUGAUAAUUUAUGUCUUGAUUUAUGUUAUUGAACUUACUAUUAAUAAUCUGAAGGUUAAAGUUCACAUUCUGCUGUAUGUCUGCUAACGAACUAGGAAGUUAACAGCAAUCGAAGCUUAAAGCACAUUCAACGUUUAACAAAAAUUAAAAC